ACGUUGCCGAGAAGCGGCACUUUAGCAGCAUCAGUCCACCGCGAGCAAGCAUCCAAUGCGUUUCGGGACAAGUCCGGAUCGGUUCGAAUAAUCCAACCAGUGAAGUUAAGUGAAGAUUUGGAGUGCGUUGAUGAAACCCGUUGGACAGCAGAAGACUGGGAUAAAACGAUUAAUUUCGAAUUCGUGCGUGUGUGUGGGGACUGUUUGUGUCAGCUUCAAUUACGGUUGGUAAUUGUAGGAAUAUUUAUGCGACUGGUGACGAAAGUGCUAUGUGCGAAGAUUCUGUGAAAAUUUCGAAUUAAAAAUAAUCGAAGAGAAGAAAACCGACCUAGUGACAGUACUGUUUGGGUUGUGAAGAUAACAAGUAUCAGCGCGAAGCGCUGUGAAUUUUCUGUGAUUUAUUGCGAGCGUGAAGACCAAUUGUUUUGAGUGGUCGAACAGUGUGUCAAACGACAGAUUAUUUUUAGGGCAAAAAUAAAGGCUCAGUGUUUUUGUUGAGAAGAGCAGUUAGUCACAUUCAUUCCAAUCUACAGUAGCGUAUGCAACAGAACAAACACUCGGAGGUCACAAAAGUGGUGUAAUCUUUCCCGAAAGAAUUCAACGGCUGCGGAACACGGUGGGAUAGCAAGGGCAAAAAUAGAACUGCAUCGGGUGACUGUCGGCAGACCUGCCAAGUAGGAAAUCUUCGCAUCACUGACUCAAACCACACGCACCAUAAACCUCGCCCAGUGGUAGCUCUGGAACUCGGCCACAGCACGUGUCUCUGGCGCACAAAAUUUCCUUAGGCGAAUCCAGUAGGAAAAAGUGGCUAUUUUUAGCGGCCCAUCGGUUUUUCGAAAUGUCUUUCUGUCGCAUCACAGGAAAAUGCCGCUCUCUACCGAAACCCAACUACUUCCCUAUGCUGCCGCCCAUUUCUCCGGCGGAUGCAAAGCGAUUCUGCCGAGUAACGGGAAAGUCCUAUGGUUUGCCGUCCCAUCACUUCAUACCGGUGGUUCUCGUCAAAUCGGCCGCUAGCAGUAAGUGCAAAAUAACAAACAUUUCCGGAGAGCUCGAGCCUCAUCACUACCAGCCGGGAACCUAUGGCAGCCGGAAGCACGUCGUCAUCUGUGAAGUGCGUUAUGUGUUCCCACUGCUGGAUCCGGAGGAUGAUUCGCAGAAAAAUCUCACCAGUAUUUUGGCACGGAAGAACAAAGCCAUGGAGCAGAGUCUUUAUGUGUACAAGGUCGAUCAACGAAACUUUGGGUUGGUUUUCCCUGCCCGACUGGAAGCGGCCGUACGCGAUGGGGAUGUCCGCGACGUAAUGCUCGCGAAGGAGUCCGACAAGCUGCUGAUCAAGCUCAACAAGGGAAAUAGUGUUUCGGUGAGCCUCAAAAAUGUGGAACAGGCGGAGCUGGAGAAUCUGUACGAGGGCGAAGGUCCCCGCGAAGAGGUUAUUAAAAAGCGAGAGAAGGAAGACGCCAAAAGGCCCAAGCCGAAAAGCAGAACCAACUGUUCCAGCAUAGCGAAUAUCUUCGAGCAGAAGGAGAAAAUUCAAGAUCUCAAGGAGGAGGAAGAACAGAAAUUCAUCGAAGCCCACCGGGAGAAGGCAGCUCGAUUGGCUUGCGAGCGUCGCGAGCGGCAACUCGCCGAGAAGCUGAAGGCGCUCAAACUUAACGAACACUUGAUCGAACAGGAAAGUGAACUGAGUGAUUUGAUCAAACCCAUGAUCGAGUCCUGGGAUUGGAACACGCUGGCCAGAGAAGCAUCGGAGAAUCGUUCGACCACCACCGCCGUCACCAGUCUGCCGGAAGCGCAUCAAAUUACCCCUCUAAACAUGGAACCCAAAAAACUUCAAGUGGAUCAUUUGCUGCUCGAAAAAUGCUCCGGCAUGGAGGCUGCUUCCUACGUCGGAUCCAUCACUCCGGCCAGGAUCGAUCUCAAACCCGAGCAUUUGAACGCGAUCAAAUCGAUUUCACCCGCACAACUUGCCACCCUAGCCCACGUUGAAGAACGUCUCGCAACGCACCCGGAACUUCUACCCCACCUGGAUGAUUUGGCUUCAGUUGUGAACCGCCUGCAAGAAUCCCAGCUAACCGAAGUGGAUGGUGUUCCGGGGAUUAAACUCGUUGUCAAUCACCAGGAAGUUUUCAUCCCCGGCCAGACGAUCAUCGUGAACGCUAAGCCAGUCUUCGUUCCCGGCCAAACAAUGGUGUCGCAAAGCGGCGACCUGCAGUUCGUCCCAGGCGUCACGAUCACCUCGCACGAAGGCACCAUCCAGUUUAUCCCCGGUGAGAUCAAUUACACGAAAGUGGGGAAACCACAGGGAUUCGUCGCGGGUAAAGUUAUCGAGGGUAAGUUUGUCUGCGGUCAGGUACUGAUCAUCAACGAUGAACCACAGUUUGUGCAAGGUCAGACGAUCGUUACCCCCGAAGGGGUUAGCAAGUUCGUUGCCGGUGUGAUGGAUGAAGCUUCGGGAAUGUUCGUUCCUGGACAAAACGUUGAAACGCCUGAAGGCGUGAGGUUCAUCCCCGGACAGACGAUAACCGUCAACGGGAAGGAGAAAUUCGUGCCCGGCCAGACGAUCAUGAGCAAGAAGAGCAAGGAGAUGGUGUUUGUACCUGGUCAAACAGUGGCAGACGAGCAAGGCGCGCUGAAGUUCGUCCCCGGUAAGACCGUAGUCACCUCGGAGGGAGCCAAAUUCGUGCCCGGUCAGUACGUGGAUGAGACGUUCGUUCCCGGAAUCACCAUUGGAGAAGAAUUCGUGCCAGGUGUGAAUAUCGAGACGAAGGAGGGUUCGAAGUUCGUCCAAGGUCAAAUCGUUCACACCAAACAUGGGGAUGUGUUUAUGCCGGGUACGACAACGGUGGGUGAGGAUGGAGCGGUGAAAUUCGAACUGGCUGCUACAAUCGAAGCGGUCAAGUUCAGUGAGUCCAUUCCGGUGGGCAUGGUGAUGGAUGGUGACAGUAUGAAGGUUACCGAGUCUAAUUUGUGUGUGUUUGGUCACAUGGUUCAGAACGACAGCGGGGUUGAGUUCUACCCAGAGAAGAUCAGGAAGGAGGAUCUCCCACAGGGAAAAAUCAUCUCUGGUAAACUGAUCAAACAAUCAGCGGAAACCAAGUUCGUGCCUGGAAUCAUAGUGGACGAUGGGUUCAUUCCUGGCCAGGUGGUACACACCGACCACGGGGAACAAUUCGUACCCGGUCAAGUGAUUGAAACAUCCGAGGGGCUGAAGUUUGUCCCGGGUCAGAUUAUCGAAACCAAAACCGGCCCGAAGUUCGUUCCCGGUCAAACUAUGCAAACGGUAGAUGGACCGCGUUUCGUUCCCGGUCAGAUCAUCAACACAAGAGCUGGUCCCACGUUUAUUCCCGGUCAGGUGAUAUGCACUGACGAUGACGGCGAAAAGUUCGUUCCCGGACAGAUCGUGGAUACGGACGAUGGGCCGAGAUUUGUUCCGGGUCGCGUGGUUGAAACUGAAAAGAAGGUUACCUUCAUCCCGGGAAAGAUCGUUCAAACCGCCGACGGGCCCAAAUUCGUUGCUCCGGAUUUGAAGGACACCGAGGACGGAGAUGAAGAGUUCCUGGUGCAAAGUUUCACACUCACACCCGAAGAGCUGAAACUGUUGAAGCCUAGCCAGAAUGCGACAACGUUUGAUUCGGAGGAAAGCUUUCUGCUGGCAACCCUGGACAGUUCGAUGCUGGAACAGCUUUCCGAGGCUGGAAUGCACGUUGGACGCCAGGUUGAAGCCUCUGCCGUUGAUUUUGUUCUUCAGAGUACUAAGGAGCGGAAGGCUCUCCAGCAGUUCAUGGCAGAGCUUGGUAUUCAAAAGGGUAGUAUGGAGGUUCUGGAGAACAUCUUCGAUGGGCUGAAGGCCGUUUGUAAUCGCGUUAAUUUGGAAUCGCUACAGUAUGAGACAGCGAUCGAAAAGCAACCGGAUGUUUCCAUUUGUAAUGGUUCGAUCGGGGUCGUUGAGACUCUCGCGACAAAUCUGGCCACGAUCUUGGCGAAGGGCGGUGAAAUAGAGACUCGCAGCAUGUACGAAGUGGUAGCCGAAGCGAUUAAAAUGUCCUGCGAAGAGUGUAGUGUGGAAGAUUUGCAGCACGUCAUGGAAACGCAAGCUAUUGUGGAUUAUCUCGCCGCUGUGGUCAAUCGAACGAUCGUUAAGAGCAAUAUCGACCAGAAGCUGAAAACAAUCACGGCCCUUGCGGGUGAUGAAGAUGAAGGGAUCGAAGUGGGUAUUGUGUCUCGUACCGGUGCUAUCGACGAGUUUUGCCAACUUAUGGACAACGACAGCAUGUCGGAAGCGUUCGUAAAUUUGCUAAAGAAGGACGAGAAUUUAUUCCGCUCGAUCGUCAAUAGUUUGAAGGUUUCUGGCGUGGUCGAGGAUAGUGUGAACAUUUCCGACAUCCUCCAAGCGGCUGUCGUUGACAGCAUUCAGGAAAAAACCCAAACCGCCAUUGUUGAUAUGCUUAACGAGCCAAAUCGCGAACAGCUGACGGCACUGUUGAAGAAAUCGGAAGCACUUGCUUCAGCUCUUGGACACAGCAAAGAGGCAGAAACGUUCGAGUACUUGCUCCAGCAUCCGGAAGCGCUGAAAGAUCUAAACAAGGAAGACGAGCUGUUCACCAUCAUCAACCGAGUGUUGAUUAUGGAGGAGCUGGCAGAGGAUGACGACGAGUACAGGGAACUGAUCGACAGUUUGGAGAAAACGCCGGCUCACGCAACGAAAAGUGACAAGUUGCGUCAGUUGAUCAGACAAAGUGGUGCGUUGUCGUUCACCCCCAGCAAAAAGCAAACAAUUGAAACCUCGGAGGACAUCCCGAUGUCGUUGUUCUACACAAACAACCAACUCGCUAUCGAGGAGUUCCUGCUGAAGAGCGGUCAAACCCGAAGACACUGUCCGAAAGCGUUCCUGAUCAUCAAAACAGGCAUCCAAGCAGUAAUCCCACGGGAAUCCAGCCACGAAGUCCUUGCCGGAAAAAUUGCCUACACGGUGCUGGAUGAGAACGGAAUUCGUCAUUUUCAGCCGAUGAAUGUGCUGAGUGCGCUGAAAAUAACACCACGCUUCCUGCAUCGGUUCUCGAUGUACACCUGCGAUAUCUGUGAGGAGCCGGACAACGAUACGCUUAGCAGUAGCAGCAGCCAUGAUGGGGAACUGGAAGAUACCCACAUCUACCGACCACUAUCGAGAAGGGGUUCUAUGUACAACAGUGCCACCUCGACGAAUGGGUACCUGAAGGAUGACGGACACGAUCACGGACUCUAUCGCAAGUCGCUGAAAAAUGGCUAUCAUCACCCGCCUCACAAUCAUCAUCACCAUCAUCAUCAGAAGCAUCACCAUCACCAACAGUAUCCACAUUAUGACGAGAACAUUAAGACUCUACCAAUGGCGAUGCGGAUAGCGAUCAAGGCCUCACUUGCGCGGGAAGUACCCAUCAUCCGGUCAUCCAGUCGGGAUUACAUUCAUCGAUCAUCCUCGAUGGCACAUCUGAAGUGAAGGUUUUUUAAAUGUUUGGUAGGAACAUAUCCAUACUAGUUAAGGAACUGUGGUCUAGCGAUUAAGUAUGAAUAUAUUUAGCCCUUGUGAUGGUGACAAAAAUGCAAGGUUUUGAUAGAAAGCCAACAAAAUAUAUAGAAGAAAUUCAAAACGUUAGUAUUGCUACACAACAAUUAGGCUGCCAGUGUAUAAUAGUAUAGUACCGCAAGGACAAAUUUGUAUCUAAGGCUUAAGACUAUUUUAGCAAAUCAAUAUUUUGAUAUUUUUUAUUCUGAGAAACCGAGAAGAUGUAAACAUUUAAGUAAAUUAAAUACGAUAAACAAUAAAGAAAGUGAAAAUCGA